AUGUUUAUUAUUGAUCUUAAAAAUAAUGAUAUUGAUCUUAGCGCCAAUUGUAUGGAGGCAACAUUAUGUAAAAGUCAAGGUGGUAUCCCCAGUACUGGUAUUUGCCCUGGUACAUCAACUAAUCAAUGUUGUGAUAAGGCAUAUACUUCAGUACCUAUUAACGACAAAACACCAGUUAACAGAAUGCUCACAGAUUUAGCUGAGAUUCUUCGUGGAGCUGGUCUCAGUGUUAUCGAAUCAGAGGGUUGGCAGACACGUGGUCAUAGUGUCAUGACUUCUGUUAAAAGUAUUAUUUGUCAUCAUACAAAUGGUCCUGCCACAGGUGACUUUCCUUCAUUGAGAAUAGUUCGUGAUGGCCGGAAAGAUCUUGCUGCUGGUCGUUCUUAUCAUGCUGGUGCAACUAUUGAUGAUUCAGUAUUUGGAAAUCCAAAUGCUAUUGGAAUCGAAGCAGAAGCCGUUGGUGUUCCAUUAACAAAUAGUGGACAUGAAUAUUGGCCUGAAGUACAAUAUCAAAGUUAUAUACGUGGUGUCAGAGCUCUUCAAGCAGCUUAUGGUGUUCCAGCUUCACGUGUAUUAGGACACAAAGAGGCUGCAGCACCUGUUGGACGUAAACCAGAUCCUAACUUCUCCAUGGAUGAAUUUCGUGCUACUCUUGCAAAAUAA